CUUCUCACUGAGGUACCACGACAGUCACUGGAAAUAUAUCUUUAGCAAUGGCUGCACGUACGACGAGUCUUCCCUUCCUCAGUCAUCCUGCUCCCAAUUCAAUUGAAAGCGAACAAGCAACAGAAAGGACGAUGCACAUUGUGGAUGAACUGGUAAUAUACUGCGCCUGUUGAAUAUGUCUUUCCUCGCUCCAGUCUCCAAAUGCUCAAUUGACCUUCCAUUCCUCGGCAAGCUUGGAGGUUUGCAAUAUGAGAAUGGGGUGCAGCAAUUCUGUGGCAUUCCCUACGCUCGCCUUCAAAAACGGUGGUCACGAUCCGAGUUAAAUAGUUCAUGGGAGAACAAUCACCAUGAUGGGACAAAGCUAGGAGCCGAUGUCCCACGGCCGAUGCUCGAAGGCGACGACUCGGACGACCUUACCCCCGUUCCACCACCAGCACACUUUUCAGAACUCCCACAGGUGGAUGAGCUGCACGGACUUGUCAUGAACAUCGUGAUCCCGCAUGCUCCAAACCGUCAACAAUAUCCUGUGUUUGUCUACGUACACGGUGGCUCACUCCUAUAUGGCGGGGCCAACCUCCCCAUCUUCGAUUGCGUGAACCUCGUCUCCCAUAGUAUCAGCAUCGGAAAGCCCAUUGUAUGCGUCAACUUCAACUACCGUGUUGGGAUAGGCGGAUUUCUGGCCAGCCAAGCCAUCAAGCAGGAGCUCGAACGCGACGGCUACCAAGGGUGCGGAAACUUUGGCUUCACAGACCAGCUGGUGGCCUUCGACUGGGUCCAGCGCUACAUCGCGUCCCUCGGCGGCAACCCCGACAAAGUCACAGCAGUCGGCGAGUCCGCCGGUGGGAUCUCCAUCAGCAACCACUUAGCAGGCGCCCACUCUCCUCCGCGUUUCCACCGAGCUGUAUGCAUGUCCGGCCUAUCAGUCGCCAUCCCACCGUGGACCAUGCAGCAACACGAAGAGUACUUUCGAGCUGUGUGCCGAUACUUCGACAUCGACCCCACAACGCCAGACGUCCUCGAUCGGCUGCGCGACAUUCCCCAGCAGGAACUCGCGAACGCUACUGCCGCCAUCCAAGGUGUCCUCUCCGGCACAGGCAACCCCUGCCUCGACGGGUGGUUCUACGACCGCAACCCCCUGGAAGUCCACGAGCCACCCGCGUGGCUCAAGGCCUACAUGCUGGGCGACGUCUACCACGAAGGAGUCAUCUUCCAUCUCAACAUGCUGGCCGACACCUACGACACCGUCUUCCAGACCCUCCAAAGCAAGAUCCAGAACGUAGACGAGACCGCCCAGAUCCUCAAGGAAUACGCGAUCGAGCCCACGGGCUUAACCUCAGAAGAGUUCCUCGCGCGCGUGGAACAUAUGUGCGGGGACGCGAUCUUCAAGAUCCCAAACUACGCCACUGCUCUGCUCUGCACUUCUCUGCGCGAUAAGGAUGCCCUCUACCUCUAUCACUUUGACCAGCGGUCCCGUCUCCCGAACGCCUUGGAGGGAACCGCAUACCACGCCAUCGAGCUUCUGUAUCUGUUUGGGAACCUCGACAAUGAGUUGAAUGAGGGGGAGAAGGCCAUGGCUCGUGAUUUCGCUACGGCGUGGAUUACUUUCGCUCACGGCGAAGCACCAUGGUCUGCACCGGAGGGCCACUGGAAAGUCUGGGGUCCGGACUGCGGGCAGGCGAUCAAGAGCGAAGAGGAAGAUCAAGAGGUCCGUGACUACGCGCGUAUGAAGCGGAUGCUAGCGCUGGGAGACGGCGUCACUUGGAAGAGAUGGCUGGAUGGUAUAGAUUCCCUUGUGAACAAGCGGAUGAACAUGGGCACAGCCACCAGGCAGGAUAGUACCUGA